CAGUUUCCGAGCGGCCGUCGUGCGGGUCGCACGUGUAACGUGCAUCAAUUUAAUUUUUUUUUAUUUUAAUUUUAUUUCGCUUAUAAUUAAUACCAAGUGUCUGUGAUAUACGAUAAGUGUUACAAGUUGUUUAGGUUGAAGGAGAAUAGAUAUGUUUAUAGACGAGAAUGACACGCCAGACGCGUGGUGGGUGUCGGCGGCGCUGGGCACGAUACGUGCCGUGGUGCUGGUGUUCGACGUGCUCACCUUCCCACUGCACCUACUGAUCCAGCGGCCCUGGAGGAAGCGGGCGCAGUCACGGCGCAUCAAGGCGCGUAUCAUAGAGGCGAACGACGACAGCGUGACGGUGCGGUCGGUGUCCACGCCGUGCGACCUCCACCUGCGGCUCGUGCGCGACGGCGUCACCAGCAUGGAGAGCAUGCUGCGCGCCGCGGCCGCGCGCUGGCAGUCGCGCCGCUGCCUCGGCACGCGCACCGUGCUCAGCGAAGAAGACGAACCACAGCCCAACGGCCGCGUCUUCAAAAAGUACAGAAUGGGCGACUACGUGUGGCGGACGUACACCGACGUGGAGCAGGAGGCGAGGCAAUUCGGCGCCGGCCUGCGCAGCCUGGGCGCGGAGCCCCGCCAGAACGUGGUCAUGUUCGCGGAGACGCGCGCCGAGUGGAUGCUGGCGGCGCACGGCUGCUUCACGCAGAGCAUACCUGUCGUGACCAUCUACGCCACCCUGGGCGACGAGGCCAUCGCGCACGGCAUCAACGAGACGGAGGUGUCCACCGUCAUCACCACGCACGAGCUGCUGCCCAAGUUCAAGAAGAUCCUGGCGCGGACGCCGCGCGUCGACACCAUCAUCUUCAUGGAAGACCAGCUCAAGACCACGCCGCGGGACGGCUUCAAGGAAGGCAUCCGCAUUGUGGCCUACAAGGAAGUGCUCGACAUGGGCAAACAGUGCAAAAUUGAGUCCGUGCCGCCGGCGCCCGGCGACACCGCCAUCGUGAUGUACACGUCGGGCUCGACGGGCGUGCCCAAGGGCGUGGUGCUGUCGCACCGCAACAUGGUGGCCACGCUCAAGGCCUUCGCCGACGCCAUGCCCAUCCGCGAGGCCGACGUGCUCAUGGGCUUCCUGCCGCUGGCGCACGUGUUCGAGCUGCUCGCCGAGAGCCUGUGCCUCAUCGGAGGCGUCCCAAUCGGUUACUCGACCCCGCUCACAAUGCUAGACUCUUCGAGUAAAAUAAUGAAGGGAACCAUGGGUGACGCUACCAUACUUAAGCCGACUUGCAUCACCACUGUACCGUUGAUAAUGGACCGUAUCAGCAAGGGCAUAACGGACAAAGUUUCUCGCAGCGGACCCUUCGCGAGCGCGUUCUUCAAGUGGGCCUACGCUUACAAGCAGGGCUGGAUGCGGCGAGGAUACGAUACACCAAUACUUAACCUUGUUGUGUUCAAGAAGGUGCGCGCGCUGCUGGGCGGGCGCGUGCGGCUCAUGAUCUCGGGCGGCGCGCCGCUGGCGCCCGACACGCACGCGCAGGUGCGCCUGUGCCUGUGCUGCGACGUGGUGGCGGGCUACGGCCUCACCGAGACCACCUCCUGCGCCACCGUCAUGGACCCGCUCGACAGGUCGACGGGCCGCGUGGGCGCGCCCACCACGGGCACGGACAUCAAGCUGGUAAACUGGGUGGAGGGCAACUACCGCGUCACCAACACGCCGUACCGAAAGGGCGAAGUAGUGAUCGGCGGAGACAGCGUGGCGGAGGGCUACUACAAGAACCCCGACAAGACGCGCGAAGAGUUCAUCGACAUCGAGGGCCGGCGCUGGUUCCGCUCCGGGGACAUCGCCGAGCUGCACCAUGACGGCUGCAUCAAGAUCAUAGACCGCAAGAAGGACCUGGUGAAGCUGCAGGCGGGCGAGUACGUGUCGCUGGGCAAGGUGGAGGCGGAGCUGAAGACGUGCCCCAUCGUGGAGAACAUCUGCGUGUACGGCGACAGCUCCAAGAGCUACACCGUGGCGCUGCUCGUGCCCAACCCGCGCCACCUGGCCGAGCUGGCGGCGCGCGCGGGCCGGGCGCCCGCCGCCUUCGAGCUGCUGUGCCGCGACGCCGCCGUGGAGCAGGCCGUGCUCAAAGAGCUGGCCGAGCACGCGCGCAAGUGCGGGCUGGAGAAAUUCGAGGUGCCGGCGGCGGUGAAGCUGUGCACGGAGGUGUGGUCGCCCGACAUGGGGCUGGUGACGGCGGCCUUCAAGAUCAAGCGCAAGGACAUCCAGGAGCGCUACAAGGAGGACAUCAAGCGCAUGUACGCGUCGUGAUCGCGCCGCGAGCCGCCGGCCACCGCGAGCCGCCGGCCGCAGUGAGCCGCCGGCCGACGUUAGCCUGCUCCCAAAUUGAUCGUUUAAAAUUGCGUUUAUUUUAACAAUGUGUGUAACUCGUGUCGCGUAAACCAAGCGCUGUAUUGACGGUCUGACAUCUUAAUCUGUGCGAUUUAUUUUAUGUCAUGUAAAAACAUACCGAAUAUCACUAAGGCCAUUAAUUUAUAACGGAUUAAAUUUGAACGUGCUUAACACAUCACGAUUACUUCAACCGCUCGGGAAAACAAGUUUAAUGCAACCACGAUACGUUGGAGUGUUCCAACUGCAACUCUGGACCCAGUUUAACGCGUAAAGUUUAGCUCGCUUGAUCGCGUUUAGUUUCAACGGUGAAAUCUGGUCUUAAAGUAUUUGUAUGGCAUAUGUUAUUAAUGUUGGCAUUAAUUAAAUAAAUAUUGUUUGUAACAUUUGCA